AUGGCACUGCUUCCAUACCCAAGGACGGUGAUUGAUCCGUUUGCCACAGAAUCAGACACGCUUCAGCUCACGUUUGAGCUGCGCAAGUCGCCAAGGUCCGGCCUUGGCGUGACUAUUACCGGCAGCAAUUCCGGCUACGACGGAUUGUAUGUGGCCGAUGUGCCACGCACUAGCUCUGGUCAUGGACGUCUUCGCGUAGGCGACAGGCUCAUCCGCAUUGACGGGUUUGCGUUGGCGCGAGAACACCUGAGCGACACGGAUGCGCUGCGGGUGAUACAGGACCGCCUGUUUGACGACUCCAGCACAGUCCGCCUCACCGUGCUGCGCUCCCCGCUCGUGGGCCUUCGCCCAAACGGAACAAGUGGCGCCAGCACACCCGUACCGACCAUGGCCAACGACGCGGCUGCGCACCACCACCACCACCACCACCACAUGGGAUCCAACAAGCACCCGGCAGCUGCAGGCGAAAGGGGCGGAAAAGGUGUUCCCGCGCCUCACUUGCAGCGCGACAUGCACGGCACACAGUCCACGCCUUCCCUCUUCCCCUCUUCCCGCCAGGAACAACCAGCACACCCGCGCUCAUCCACAUCAUCAACAGCAUCAUCCACACAACAACAGCAGCAGCAGCACGAUCGCCGGCAUGUGCCUGUGCGACGGUAUUACCACCACGUGCACGACGCUGACCGCCACCAGACGCCUGGACUGCAGCGCCAGGCGUCGCUGCCCAUUGUGCCAAGACACCGCCGUUACACCCCCACGGCAAACCAGCCGGUCUUUGGUCACGACGCACAGCCGCACCUCUACCAGCAGCAGCACCAGUACCAGGCUGGCAGCGACGACAGCGGCAGCGACAGUGUGAGCGGCAGCGGGGUGCUGGCUGUGGGUACGCCCUGUCGCAUGUGCGCAACAGCCCGCACCAUGUACGGGCUGGAGUAUUGCUCGCGCCAUGCAACCGACCCAGAGUACCUGGACAGCGUCGCGCACACCACCGCCGCCACCCGCGACGCCACGCUGCAGGGGCUGGCGUCCACGGGGCGUGCAUAUCUCCACGCGCGUUCGUACGCACACGGCCCACCACCGCCGCCACAACCACAUCACCAGCACCGGGAGGGCCAGCAGCCAGCACCACCAGCUGUGUCAGCAGCGACUUGGGCGAUGACGGCAGCGGUGCCCGGGACAGGGCAGGCUGGAUGGGAGGCGCUUGUUGCGCAGCAGGAGCAGGCGGCACGGUACAACAUGAUGAUGUUUGCGCAGCAGCAGCAGCAGCAGCAUGCGGGGCAGCACCCCACCGGCAGCGUGGACAUGGCCGAGUUCCUCUCGGCCGUGCACAUUGGCAGCCAGCACGAGCAGCACCACCAGCAGUACGACCAGCAGCGGUUUGGAGCCGAGAAUGGUGGUGGUGCGCACAUGCCAGGCCCUGGUGAUGGCGGUGCUGGUGGUGGCCAACUGGCGGGUGAUGACGAGGGUGCAGAGGAAGAGGAGGAAGAGGAGGAGGAGGAGGGGGAGGACGCAGCUCGGACCAGACAGCAGGAAGGCGGGGCAGUGGAGGAGGUGUUUGCUGAGCCAACACCGCCACGCUCCCGACAGCGUGAGCGUGACCAGCACGGGGGCCCGAAGCAGAGCGGCGAGAGUGACGUGGGCGGUGUGGGCGGUGUGCGGGUGACGCAGAAGACGCUGCGGUCGUCUGUUGCCGCCAUCACCGAUUUCGAGAUUGUCGACGACAGCGCAGAUGUGUCCGGCCUCAGGGAGUUCCGCGGUGUUGCGCACAUCACACGCGCACACCCACAGGGCAACAACGCCACCAACGCUCAUAAUGAUGACGUUGACGAUGAUGGCUUUGGCAACGGUGGACGUGGUGACAGCAGCAGCAGCAGUAACAGCAGUAACAGUGCACGUCGGCGAGGUGGUCGGUCGCGUGGGCGGAGCGCAGGACCGUCACGCGGGGUAUCGUCGUCUUCAGCGUCAACGUCGCAGCCGCCACGGCCGCGGCGCACGUCUGGGGAGCAGGGCAGCACGCCUGCGUGGCAGCGGGACACGGUGACAGACCCCGACGCUAGCAACCUGCUGAGCUUUCUGUCUGAGAUGACACGUGAGCGGGAGGCCAAGGAGCGGCGCGCAGCAAGUGUGGCGGCACGACAACACGGCAGCACUGCAGGUGGCCGCGGUGAUGGUGAUGGUGAUGAUGACGAUGUUGUUGGUGAUGCUGGUGAUGGUGGUCAUGUGGGUGCUGGUGAUGUUGAUCAUGAGCGGACGCACCACAUCCUGACGACGUCUGCAUCCAAGGAUGACAGCGCGUGGGCCGACGACACAGAGCCCGUUUUUACCUUCUAG